AUGAAGGAUUUGGCCUUUGAUGAAGGUGCAGGGUCAAUAAUUUCCAUCAUGAAGCUCGAUACCACUGGUCUCGAAUCGUUUCCCUCACUGAUUGCACCUCAAUGCGACGUAGUUGGAGAACUCUCUGCCGCUCCAUCCUUCGACCUUCCGAAUUCCAAUGAUUUCGAUGGGUUCUUGAAAGAGGCUAUUCAGAUGGUGAAGCCGGCGAAGGGUACUACGACUCUUGCUUUUAUCUUUAAGGAGGGCGUCAUGGUAGCUGCUGAUUCUCGAGCUAGCAUGGGAGGAUACAUAUCAUCGCAGUCUGUAAAGAAGAUUAUUGAAAUCAAUCCCUACAUGCUUGGGACUAUGGCUGGAGGUGCUGCUGAUUGUCAGUUUUGGCACAGGAAUCUCGGGAUCAAGUGCCGUUUGCAUGAGUUGGCAAAUAAAAGGAGAAUUUCAGUAACAGGAGCCUCAAAGCUACUCGCCAAUAUUUUAUACUCUUAUCGUGGAAUGGGGUUAUCGGUUGGUACCAUGAUUGCUGGAUGGGAUGAAACGGGACCUGGUCUAUAUUAUGUUGAUAGUGAAGGUGGAAGACUUAAAGGCACUAGAUUCUCUGUUGGAUCCGGGUCGCCAUAUGCUUAUGGUGUAUUGGACAGCGGGUACCGAUAUGACUUGUCAAUUGAAGAGGCUGCUGAACUUGCUCGAAGAGCAAUUUAUCACGCAACAUUUCGUGAUGGUGCCAGUGGUGGAGUUGCUAGCGUGUACUAUGUGGGGCCAAAUGGAUGGAAGAAAUUGUCUGGUGAUGAUGUUGGUGAACUUCAUUACCAUUACUACCCAGUUACCCCAAGCACAGUGGAACAAGAAAUGGUUGAGGCAACUGGAGCAUGA